AAACCCAAAACUAAAAAGGAAAAGGAAAUCUGAACCGUCUAUUCACCCCCAAAUAAAAGACGAACCCAAACAACGUAUUCAAACCCUCUUUCGCCGUUCUGCUCUUUUUUCCUUUCUUUCUCUCUCCUCCGACGACGCCCCAAAUCGUACCAAGAUCGAGGGAAAGGAAUUUAAGAGUUGAAGAAAGAUGUUUGGGAGAGCACCAAAGAAGAGUGAUAAUACUAGAUACUAUGAAGUUUUAGCGGUGCCCAAGAAUGCUUCUCCUGAAGAUCUUAAGAAAGCAUACAAGAAAGCCGCCAUUAAGAAUCAUCCUGAUAAGGGUGGUGAUCCUGAAAAGUUUAAGGAGUUGGCUCAUGCGUAUGAAGUUCUAAGUGAUCCUGAGAAGCGUGAAAUAUACGAUCAGUAUGGAGAGGAUGCCCUUAAGGAAGGUAUGGGUGGUGGCGGUGGGGGUCAUGACCCAUUCGAUAUCUUCUCUUCAUUCUUUGGUGGUAGUCCGUUUGGCGGCGGUGGUGGAAGUAGCAGAGGGCGUAGGCAGAGAAGAGGAGAGGAUGUAAUUCAUCCAUUGAAGGUCUCUUUGGAGGAUGUUUACAAUGGUUCAUCUAAGAAACUAUCCCUUUCUCGCAACGUUAUCUGCUCCAAAUGCAAGGGAAAAGGGUCAAAAUCUGGUGCUUCUAUGAAAUGUGUUGGGUGCCAAGGGUCUGGAGUGAAAGUCUCAAUCAGGCAUCUUGGUCCUUCUAUGAUCCAGCAAAUGCAACAUGCUUGUAAUGACUGCAAGGGUACUGGUGAGAUGAUCAAUGACAAGGAUCGGUGCCCACAAUGCAAGGGUGAGAAGGUUGUCCAGGAGAAGAAAGUUUUGGAGGUUCAUGUUGAGAAGGGGAUGCAGAAUAACCAGAAGAUAACGUUUCCUGGAGAAGCUGAUGAAGCGCCUGAAACCGUUACUGGCGACAUAGUGUUUGUCUUACAGCAGAAGGAACACCCAAAAUUCAAGCGAAAGGGUGAUGACCUCUUCUUUGAGCAUUCCCUUACCUUGACUGAGGCCCUCUGUGGUUUUCAGUUUGUAUUAACCCAUUUGGACAAUAGACAAUUGUUAAUCAAGUCUCAGCCCGGAGAAGUUGUUAAGCCAGACUCAUUCAAGGCAAUAAAUGAUGAAGGCAUGUCCAUGUAUCAGAGACCUUUCAUGAAAGGGAAAUUGUAUAUCCACUUCACAGUUGAAUUCCCCGAGUCCUUGUCACUAGAGCAGUGCAAGGCUCUGGAAGCAGUGCUUCCUCCAAAGUCCUCACCACAGCUUACAGAUAUGGAAUUGGAUGAAUGUGAGGAGACAACACUGCAUGAUGUCAAUAUUGAGGAAGAAAUGCGCAGAAAGGAGGCUCGAGCUCAGCAAGAGGCUUAUGAUGAGGAUGAUGACAUGCAUGGUGGUGCUCAAAGGGUUCAGUGCGCUCAACAAUAAUCCGAGCCAUGAGUUAAUGAAUCGUGUUGAGUUCAGGUGGUAGGCUCUAAAGAUUUAAUUGUUGCUUAUCGGCAAGAAUAAGUUUAUUUGGUUGUUCUAGUAUUAGUUUAUAGAAUUAUAGAUGCCUUCGGAGAAUUCUUGUCGAGUAAAAAGUACCCAACGUUCUCGUUGUUGGUAACAGGAUUUUCUAUAUUAUUCAGAGAUGGUGGGGUACCUGAAUUCAUAGGCUUGUGUAGAACAUUUUUUUGCUUCCUGACUAAGAUAAUAUCUGUUGCUAAAGCUCUGGCUUUGAUUUGUAUUGUCAAAAAGAAUUUAAGUGUUCUGGAAAA